AUGUCGCUCAAACCGCGAAGAAUAGUGUUCGAAGAUGUCUGGAUUGAGCUGCGGGAAGCGGUCCAGAAGGUGAUCACACUGCAAGGCAUCAAGCACGAUAUCUGGAACAACCUUUUUGCCGAUGUGUACCAAAUAUGCGUGGCGCACCCGGAACCUUUGGCAGAUCGGUUGUACUUGGAGACGAAAACGUUCCUGGAAAAUCACGUCCAAACUUUGCUGGAUAAGCGAGUGUUAAUAGCGGAAACACCGAAUGCUUCCAAGGACGAAUCUUCGGUCGGACCUUCAUCCGGAUUGUCUUACCUGCUGUUGGAGCGAUAUUAUGAAGUGUGGGUAGAAUAUAGCCACGGUUCGCAGUACUUAAACAAUCUUUAUAAUUACCUCAAUCAACAGCACAUCAAGAAGCAAAAGCUCAACGAAGCGGAAGCCGUGUACGGUUGCAACAACCAUGGUGAUAGCCAGGAAAAGAUGGAGAUCGGUGAACUAACGCUAGAGAUCUGGAACCAGUACAUGAUACAGCGGCUCGGCAACGAGCUUGUCGAUCAGAUACUAAGUGGAAUCAAUGCGGAAAGGGUGAACAAUACGAGCGGGCAGUAUAAUAAAAGCACGGAGGUUAUACGAGGCGUGAUACAAAGCUUCGUCGCCGUGCAGGAGGACCGCCGUAAAGGAUCGCUCAAGCUGUACCAGGAACUGUUCGAGGCACGCAUGCUAGAGGAGAGCGGCCAGAACUUCCGCAUCGUAGCGAGUGAAUUGCUACAGGUUUGCAGUGUCAGUCAGUACAUGGAAAGGAUAAUCAAAAAGUUUGAGGAAGAGGAAAAGUUGGCUAAAAUUUAUCUACAUGAAAGUUCUCUUCCAAAGCUGCGCAAAGUGUGUGAGGAAGAAAUGGUAACCAAGCAUAUGAACUUCCUGUACUCCGAAUGCAAAGAGAUGGUAGCAAAUGAGAAAAGCACUGAUUUGAGAAAUCUUUACAUCUUGCUCAAACCGGUUACGGACGGUUUGAAACGGCUGAUCGAGGUGUUCCUGGAGCAUAUCAAGGAACAGGGCAAGAAGACAAUUUCCUGCAUGAAAGGUGAUUCGGUACAUAUACAAUUCGUGGAAAACAUGCUGGACGUGCAUAGAAAGUACGAAGAACUGAUACAUACUACGUUUAAGUCGGACCCAUUGUUUCUGGGCGCGCUCGAUAAGGCCUGCGCUCGCAUCAUCAAUGAGAAGCACAGUAAUAAUCAGGUAUGCCGCAGUGCCGAACUGGUCGCCAAAUAUUGUGAUAGCUUGCUAAAGAAAUCGAAAACGACUGAGGGCGAAAUCGACCAGAAGCUGACACGCAGCAUCAUCAUCUUUAAGUACAUCGAGGACAAGGAUGUGUAUCAAAAGUUUUACAGUCGCAUGUUGGCAAAACGGUUGAUUCAUGAACAGUCCCAAAGUAUGGACGCAGAAGAGUUAAUGAUUAACAAGCUGAAGCAAGCUUGUGGGUACGAGUUCACCAACAAACUUCACCGCAUGUUCACCGACAUUUCGGUAUCAAACGAUUUGAAUACGAAGUUUAGCAAAUAUUUGAAUGACAACAAACACGAGACUGGUAUCAACUUUUCCGUCAAAGUCCUGCAGGCUGGUGCGUGGCCACUAGGACCAACGCAAGUAGUAGCAUCCUUUGCCAUACCGCAGGAAUUUGAAAAAUCCAUCCGCCUGUUUGAGGAGUUUUACCAUAUCAACUUCAGCGGUCGCAAACUGACCUGGCUGCAUCAUCUGUGCCACGGCGAGAUGAAGCUAUCGUUCGAAAAGCGCAACUAUAUCGUCACAAUGCAGACGUACCAGAUGGCUAUACUGCUAAUGUUUGAAAACACGGACAAGUACACGUGCAAGGAGCUGCAAACGUCACUACAGCUACAGCAGGAAAUAUUCCAACGACAUCUGCAAAGCUUAGUUGAGGCAAAAAUUUUGCUACUUAGCGAAGAGAAAAUGAAUGACGAUACGGAAGUUAGCAUCAACGUAAAUUACAACAACAAGCGAACUAAAUUCAAAAUAACUACCAACCUUCAGAAGGAAACACCACAAGAGGUGGAGCACACGAUGAAUGCCGUUGACGAGGAUCGAAAAAUGUAUUUACAAGCGGCGAUCGUCCGCAUUAUGAAAUCUCGAAAGGUGCUAAGACAUAAUACCCUUAUACAAGAGAUUCUUUCCCAGUCGAAGGUAAGCUUCGCACCGAACGUGUCCAUGAUUAAAAAGUGUAUCGAGUCACUAAUCGACAAGCAGUACAUCGAACGAACGCCCAACUCCGGUGACGAGUACAGUUACGUGGCAUAGGGUGAAUGUCCGUCUGCAUUAUA